CCGACACUAAUGUAAGCUCGAAAUGAUUUGUCAGAUGACACCGGAUAAUCGCCGAAUAAUUGUAACCUCCGAUCUGCUCCGAUCGUGAACCUUUGUUCCUGUGUUUGUACUAUGAACUGAUGUUGUUAUGAAAUGAAUAAGUUUUACGUGACGUAACAGCAAUGUUGUUUGCGGAUGGGAAUAACAUCUUUAGAGAGACAGGAACACGUAAUUACGGUGUGAUAAGAUAAGCCGUAAGAUGAACCUUGGAUUAGAUAAUACAAGUAUGACGGUAUCGCAGACAUUUACUUAAGAUACUACGAUAUAUCAAUAUGGAGCUCAAGUGUGCAAUUCAGACAUACGAUUGGGGGAAGUUUGGUAUGGAUAGUAUCGUUUCAGCUUUGAUGAAGUCAGCCAAUGCUGAUUUUAUAGUGGAUGAGCAAAAGACUUAUGCAGAAUUAUGGAUGGGCACUCACGAAAAUGGCCCAUCAUAUCUCAAGGGCACAGAUAUCUCAUUACAAAAAUAUAUUGAAGAAAAUACUGAGGUGUUAGGCAGUGAUGUAGUACAAAUAUUUGGCUCCAACUUGCCUUUUCUCUUUAAAGUUUUGUCUAUAAAUAAGGCUUUGUCCAUUCAAGUGCAUCCAAAUAAGGAGAAAGCGAUAGAACUGCAUAAAUUAUAUUCGAACAUCUACAAAGAUCCGAAUCACAAACCGGAACUAGCGAUAGCUUUGAGUCCGUUUGAAGCGCUCUGCGGAUUCCGUCCAAUUGAUGAGAUAAGAGAUUAUCUGAAUAACAUACCAGAAUUACUCGCUGUCGUAGGGGAGAACAAUAUAAAUCGUCUAUUUCAAGCAACCGAUUCCACAAUCAACGCUGCUUUACAACAAUGUUUUCAUAGUCUUAUGACUUGUGAUUCCAAUGAAGUGACACGACAAUUGAGAAAUUUGAUAGACAGAUUAUAUAAUAUAGACGAUUCUUAUAGGCAAUGGAUAAAAGCCGAUCUGUUAAAGCGUCUACACGCGGAUUAUCCUGGAGACGUAGGCUGUUUUACAAUAUAUUUUUUUAAUUAUAUAAUAAUGCAGCCAGGUGAAGCUAUAUACAUCGGGCCAAAUGUACCUCAUGCGUAUCUUUCUGGCGAUUGCAUAGAAUGCAUGGCAUGUUCGGAUAAUGUAGUAAGAGCUGGACUCACACCAAAACCAAAAGACAUACCAACUUUAAUCCAAAUAUUAUCAUUUGAAUGUGAAUCACCUUCUGCCAGGAAGCUUCAACCAUCCCGAGAAGAUGUGUUUACCGAGGUUUUUCGUCCGCCAGUUUCAGAAUUUGCAGUCGCUAAAAUUACUUUACCACCUGGACGACCAUUUUACAAUUUAAAACCUAGGAAUUCGGCCAGCAUCUUGUUAUUAGUAAGUGGUAAAGCAGAAAUAUCCUCUCAAAUUUUUUCUCGUGGUUCUGUUUUGUUUAUUCCUGCCAAUAAUGAAGUAGAGAUUAAAGUUUUAUGUGGUUGUCAUCCCAUGUUGAUGUUUCAAGCAUUUCCAAAUAUUUGAGGAUAUGGAAAGUUUAACCAACAAAUAUUGCAUAAUAUAUUUGGGAAGUGCAAAAUAUAGUUAAUCUUUGGCAUUUAAAGUAAUUAGUACAUAUUAAACUUCAAUAUGCAUAUAGUCAUGUAAAUAUUAAGUGUACAAAAAAGUUCUGAGCUUUAGAUUUCA